AUGGCCAAGUGGUGCUUCUCUCAAGGAAUAGUAGGUUCAGAUCGCCAGUCGGGAGCCGUCUGGAACACCAGGCUUACCGAGUCGGAAAACCAGAACUUCAAGCGUAUAGAGGUCAUUGAAGAUGACGAGAGCGAGAUUGUAGAGGCGGCCCGCCGCAUGAGCGAGCGCUACGACAUUGUGGUGACGAGUCCCAGACACGAUGACAUCACAUACCAGUCUAUGGCUAAGGCAUUCAACCUCCCGCUCAAGCUCCACCAGGAGACGUUUGAGAAGAUGAAGAAGCUCAGCAAGGCCAGACCCAACGACCCGCCCUUUGACUGGAACGACCUGGAGUCGCCGACCCUCAAGGCGAGGCUGCGCAUGGCGGAGCUGCCGACGGACGAGUCGCGCGAUCUCAGGGACCAGUUCAUCUUCCCGCAUGACGACCUAUGGGUUCCCGUGGCGGUGGUGAAUAGGAACAUUCAUAUCCUACCCGGAAUCCCGAUCCAGAGGCUGCUUGACGGGCUGAGGCCCCAUCUGGCCUCGAGGCUGGUCGACCCCGAGGGUAAGGGGACGCACAGGAUUAUGGUGUCGACGCCGUUGCCCGAGAGCACCGUGGCCGCGUACCUCACCGAGCUAGCGGCCAAGGUAGAGGCCGAGGGCGUCAAGGUGGGAAGCUACCCGCGAUGGGGCAAGAAGAGUAACACGGUGACUCUGGUCGGAAGGGACCUGGCCUUCCUUGAGAGCCUAGUACCGGAUGUCGAGAAGAAUGUCAAGGGCAGACGCAUCCAGACGGAAGGCGAGGAUGACUCCGAGGAAGAAAAGGGUACUGGGGCAUGA